GGGCACUGCCGCUGACCUUCCCUGCCCGGCGCUGUCAGAGCGGAUCAGCGGGCGCGGCGCUGCAAUGGAGCGGCGAGCGGCAGCCGCCGGGAGAGGAGGAGGAGGAGGAGGAAGGGAGAGAUUAGUGCGGUACCGGCUGGCGCAGAGGCGCGGUUGAGCGCUCCAGCGGGAGCCCGGGGCCCUGCGGACCGUGCGAGAGCCAGAGGCGGAAGGAGCGGAGAUGCGACUGCUCCCGCCGCUCUGCUGAAUCUCCCGGUCACUCGCCCGGAGGAGGGAGGAAGGGAAGCUCCGUCCUCCUCGCGCUCUGCGGGUGCAAAGGGUGCCUGUGCUGUCCCCUCCUCUUGCUUUUAUCCCAGCCCCGGAGCAGAAGGCGCCGCCGCCCCCUCUGCCUUCCUGCGCUUUUCCCACCAUGAGCGGGGCUGUUUUCACCUUAUAAAGAUGGCGGUGCGGGAUCGCUGCAACCUUUAGACUAAUGACCGUCAGAAACAUCGCCUCCAUCUGUAAUAUGGGCACCAAUGCCUCUGCUCUGGAAAAAGACAUUGGCCCAGAGCAGUUUCCAAUCAAUGAACACUACUUUGGAUUGGUCAAUUUUGGGAACACCUGCUACUGUAACUCCGUGCUGCAGGCACUGUACUUUUGCCGGCCGUUUCGGGAAAAUGUAUUAUCAUACAAGGCCCAACAGAAAAAGAAGGAAAAUCUCUUGACUUGCCUGGCAGAUCUUUUUCACAGUAUUGCUACUCAGAAGAAGAAAGUUGGAGUUAUUCCACCAAAGAAGUUCAUAUCAAGGCUACGAAAAGAGAAUGAUCUCUUUGACAACUACAUGCAGCAGGAUGCACAUGAGUUUUUAAAUUACCUGCUGAACACCAUCGCAGACAUAUUGCAGGAGGAGAAGAAACAGGAAAAGCAAAAUGGGAAACUGAAAAAUGGCAACAUGAAUGAUACUGAAGAGAACAAUAAGCAAGAACUCACCUGGGUGCAUGAGAUUUUUCAGGGAACACUGACUAACGAAACUAGAUGUUUGAACUGUGAAACCGUUAGUAGCAAAGAUGAAGAUUUUCUUGACCUUUCUGUUGAUGUGGAGCAGAACACAUCAAUUACACACUGUCUAAGAGACUUCAGUAACACAGAGACAUUAUGUAGUGAACAGAAAUACUACUGUGAAACUUGCUGCAGUAAACAAGAGGCACAAAAAAGGAUGAGAGUAAAAAAACUGCCAAUGAUUCUUGCCUUACACCUCAAGAGAUUCAAGUAUAUGGAACAAUUGCACAGAUAUACUAAGCUGUCUUAUCGUGUAGUAUUUCCUCUGGAGUUACGUCUCUUCAACACAUCUGGCGAUGCUGUCAACUUAGAUCGCAUGUAUGACUUGGUAGCUGUUGUUGUUCACUGUGGAAGUGGGCCGAAUCGGGGGCAUUAUAUUACUAUUGUGAAAAGUCAUGGAUUUUGGCUCUUGUUUGAUGAUGACAUUGUAGAGAAAAUAGAUGCUCAAGCUAUUGAAGAAUUCUAUGGUCUGACCUCUGAUAUAUCAAAAAAUUCAGAGUCUGGCUAUAUUUUAUUCUAUCAGUCAAGAGAGUAACUUGGCAAACUGUGACAAUUGCGCACAAUGAUGCUGCACGUGAGAGACUGUGAUGGACCCCCUUAACUGACUUUUACACAGACCACGUCUUGUGUAGUUGAACAACGAUACGCUCUGUCUCCUAUUAAAUGGUCUAUGUGAUAUUGACUAUAACCAUCCAUUUUUUACAUGUAAAACUUUGUUUUGGAGGGGGGUUGCUGUUCGUAGACUUUAAGUGUGAUUGAAGAAUUAAUUGCAGUCAGAUUUUAGUGGAAUUUAUAUGGACUAACAUUUACAGGUAAUAAGAUUUGGAUGUCAACUGUUAAACCCAAUCCAGCUAGAGUAGUAUUUUAUAUGGAAGCGUUCACUGCAUUUAGACAAAAAUUGUUUAAAACUUUCUAAAUGGAUUUGGGGUGUGUUGAUUUACAAAGCAUUCCUUUAAAUACUGACAUAUAUUUACCCAUUUUAAUUGUAAGGAAAAAAAACAUCUGUUUCAUGAUGAUUGGAAUUGUGACUGUAUAGGGGAUAUUUACUUUUUUUUUAACAUGUUACUCUCUGAUAUUGUUCCAAAAUCUUUUAAGCUUUGGGUUAUUAAAAAGUUUCAGUGCAUAACCUCAGGCCUAAAAUUCACAUAGAGGUAUUUAAGUUAUAGUGGAACCAAGUAAUUCUGUACGUUCAGUCACUUUGUUUAUCAUGAGAUAGUACAGGUGAAUUGAGAAUUCAGAAUUUACAGAGCACUGGAAUAAAGGGAGUGAGAUGACACAUAUGAGACAAAUAAAUUACAUGUAUGGAGA